AUGAAGACUGAUGUGACGACGACUCGGAGCUCAGAUGAGACUCUAAGGUGUACCCAGGGUAGCUGCAGCUGUCAGAGUUACCAGCCUGGACAGCUAAGGACCUGCCUGGACUGUAGACAUGGAUGGGUGUUCCACGCCCUGGACAAGCUCCAAACCCCGGCCCAGGCUGUGUGUGGUGGUGCCCAGGCGGAGGUGGUGGUCCCUGGGGUGGUGUUUGACUUGAGCUCCCUGGUCCUGUUUGGGGCCCAGGCGGUGCCGGUGAGGAUGAAGAUCCUUCUGGACCGGCUCCUGAGCGUGCUGCCUCAGCAGCAGGUCCUCCACACGCUGCUGCCGCUGGGCUGGACCCUGAGGGACUACAUCAGGGGCUACAUGCUGCAGGACUCUACAGGAAGGGUAUUAGAUCGUUGGUUAAUGCUCUCCCAGGAAGAGGAAGCUGUCAUCUUACCUCACUUCCUGCGCUUCGGAGAGACGCGCCCCAUUGUUGAGCUGAUGAUGCAGCAGGACUCCCAGGCCAAUCACGUCACUCCCUCUGGUGUAAGGCCCGCCCCUCAGACCCAGUCCAACCUGCGGGCGUUCAUAGAGAACUCCCUCCGGAACCCUCCUCCUACCUCCAGAACCCCUGGAACCCUCUCCAAGCUCCAGAACUCUGGAGGAGGUUCCACCAGUCUGCACCCCUUAGAGAGCCUGACCUCCGACCUGUCCUGGCUCCUCCCCCUCCAGCUCCCUAGCCCCUCCCUCUUGCUGGAUCUGACCCCGCCCACCAGACCAGGACGGGUAAUAAGACUCGGAGGAGACCAGAACCAGGGGAUGGGGGAAGUGCGUAAGGGCAGGGUCAGCUGUACUGCGUGCGGGAAGAGCUUCUACGACAAAGGGACUCUGAAGAUCCACGUGAGUGCGGUGCACCUGCAGGUGAAGCAUGGCUGCACAGUCCCAGGAUGCAGCAUGCUGUUCAGCUCCCUACGCAGCCGCAACAGACACAGCGCCAACCCCAACCCCCGCCUGCUAGAGUUCCCUCCCUGUGACGGCAUUAGACGACCCCCCCACAGCACCCCGCCCCCUCUCUUUGCCCCUACUCCCUCUGUCUCCACGGCGACCAGCAGCAGCCAAUCCCACAAAUCCUUUGGCUCGGGUGGAGGGGCUGGUGCCCCCCAGCUGGCCUAUCAGAAAGGCAGGUGUGCGUCAGGUGACCCUGCACCCAAGAAGAAACCCAGGAAGUCCAGCACACCUGUGAAGAUUGCCGUGACGACGGGGGAGGGAGGAAAGAUCGCCGUGACAACGGGGGAGGGAUGA